UCUUUUGAAGGCGAUAAUUUAAUACAGUCAAAAUGGUAGACCUUUAUGGAAAAGAUAAACGUAAUAUUUCACUACCGAGCCGAUUACAACCAUUAAAUAUUGAGGAUUCCGAAAUGGAAGAUCAAAAGGAUAAAGUGGUAAUUAUCAACAUGCAAAAGGCUAUGUAUGAUAUACGAAUUGCUGAUUUAGAAACACGUAUAAAAAGAUUGGAGACACGAAAUCAGGAACUUUUGGACACGUCCAAUAGUACAGAAUCUCGCAUUGAUAGUACAGACUUAGAAACUGCUGAUAACAUAGCGCAAUUCAAUCGACAAAUAUUUGUCGAAACAAGCAAAACAGAUGAGUAUAAUAAGCGCAUGGAUAUGCUAAAUAAACGAAAAGCCGAAGAGAAAACAACUCAUAAUAGAAAGCAAGAACUUAUGGAGAAACAGUUUUCGAAUACUCGAUUUGAGUUGACUUCUAAGAUAAAAUUUCUAAACGCAAAAAUCAACACUUUGGAAGAUUACAAAGUGACAAAGCCAUCUCUUCACGAAAAACUAAGAGAAAGAAAUGAAUUGAUGGCGGAAAAGGAUAUAGAAGUUGCACGAAAAUUGGAAGAUAUCGAGAAAAAACAUAAUAUCGAUACAGAAAAGUUGAAAAAUGAAAUGCAUACGAGACUUUUUGAAUUGGCUGGAACAUUUCAAAUUGAACUGUCCAGUAAUGUAGCAAUUCCCGUACAUAGAUUGAUGCGCGAAAGUAUCUUAGUCAAGAACGAAUUAAUACAAAUAGCGAAUGAGUAUAUGCUUGUCAAAGAGAAGAACCGUCGCAAAGAACAUAAUUUCAGUUUGUACGAAGAAGAGAUAAAAAAUGGUCGGGCCGAUAAAUUUCGAUAUGUAAUUAUUGCAAAAAUUCGGCGUGUUUUACUUAAUGCGUUACGCGAAAUGCAUAAAGAAAUGAGUAGACGACAAGAUCUUUAUACGCUAACAUCUAUAUCGUAUGAAGAUUCACUAAAACUCAGAGAAGAUGCAAAAAUACUAGCAGAUGCCUGUGCUACACGCCUAAGUAAAUUUGAGGUUUUACUUCACCGAGAACAAGUCAAACUCGGGCUGGCAAAAUAUAGUAGGAGAAAAUUAAAAGCAGUUAUAAGAAAGCUAAUUGAUACUUUGUACGAUGUAAAAUACGUAGCAGCAUGUGCAUUGAAGAUCACAGGAACGGGAGAAGAUAUUUUAGAAAUGGGAGAUACUCAAUUAAUGUCGCAUUUGUUGGACAUUCUUAGUCGUCCUAAAUUGUUAAUGUCUGCAACAAAAGUAACAUCGACAAAGUCAGUGCUUAGAGCGGAUCAUAUUUAUAAGAUUGGAGACUUGGAAUUCGAACCUAAGCAUAUUAAUAUCGAUCCCCAAAAACUAAUUAAGGAAAAGGAGCCAUCGGAAUUGAGCACACUAAAAACUUUAAAAAACCUUGGGAUCGAUUUAUUUGCAGAAUCCGAUGAUUAUGUAGUUGCCGAUCAAAUGGAAUAUGCGACAAAGGUAACAGAAGAUUUUGAAGAAGAAGCAAGUAACGAAUCAACUACAUCUACACAGUCGUUUGAAGAAAUCCCGGAAAUGGAAUUAAAAUUAAUGUCUGAGAACGGCUCAAUGAGUCCAGAGGACGAGACAUUUGAAGAUGUAGAAACAGGAGGAGAGUAAUCUAGAAUGUGGUUAACUAUAGG